AUGGAAAUAGCUGGAAUUGAACAAGAUACCUACAUCCUGAAUAUUCUGAUAAAUAGUUUCUGCCAGAGUUCGCACUUGCGUUUUGCUUUGUCUACAUUGGCCAGAAUGGUGAAAGCUGGCCAUAAGCCUGAUAUGUUCACGUUUACCCCGUUGCUCAGGGCUUUUUUUCUUCAGAAAAAAUCUUCUGAUGCAUUAGCUUUUCUUGAGAAUAUGAAGGCUAUGGGUUGCAAACCAAAUGUUGUGGCAUAUAACACUGCCUUUAGUGGUCUGUUUGACAAUAAAAUGAUUCCUCAAGUGGACGUUCUACUGGAUCAAAUGGAUGAAGAGGGUUGUCAACCAAAUGCAGUUACUAAAUCUGCAAUUGUCAGCGGAUUCUGCAAGAGUGGUCUUACUGAAACUGCUAUAAGGUUUCUUAGAAUACUGGAGGAAGACGAAGACAACGACGAAGAGGUCAGUGUUGUCUUGUACAGUCUCAUUAUCGACUCUCUCUGCCAAAACAAACAACUAGAGGAAGCACGGGAGCUUCUCGAUGAAAUGGAAACAAAGGGGAUAAAACCAAACGUUUUUACUUGCAACUCUGUAAUAAGCUGCCAUUGUCAGCAUAGCAGAUGGGAUGAAGCCUUAAUAGUGCUGAGGGGAAUGUUUGAGAUGAAGAUCACACCAACAGCCACCACGUAUAAUAUUCUGAUGGAUUGUAUAGCUCCGGAUGCUUCUACCUAUACCUCUUUGAUCAGUUAUUACUGUAAGAAAAGACGCCUAGGAAGACUAGUUGAUGCAAUGCAACUGUUUCAUGAGAUGUCGCAUCAGAGAGACUUUGCUCCCAACUUAGUCACUUACACUAUUUUAAUUCAAGGUUGUUGCAAAGCAGGCGAUGCAGAUAAAGCCCUCGAAUUUAUUGAGAUGAGUAGGGAGAUUACUGGAGAUCCUUUUUUCUACAAUGUAUCGUUAGGUUGUCUUUUCACUGCUGGCAAAAUCGACCAGGCCUUGGAGAUGUUUGAGCUUGUGGAAAAAAUGAAAAUGAGUAACGAUAUCAUAUAUACCACGGUUAUCAACGGGUUGUACAAGGCUAGUAGAAAGGAUGAAGCAUGGGAUUUUUUUUGUAGCCUCUUGCGAAAAGGAGUGAAGCUCGACGUUAAGGUGUAUAAUUGCAUCAUCCACUGGUUGUUGAAUCAUAAAGACCUGUCUGAAGCAAAGAAAUUGGCUGAAAAGAUGAAGGAGGAUGGGCCUGCGCCUAAUGAGGAUACAUACAAUAUACAGAUUCGGGGAUGCCUUAAGUCUAAAUUUGAAGCUGAAGUACCUGCCCUCGUCAAGCUCAUGAAAGCAGAUGGAUUUAACCCACAAAUCAACACAUUUAGAUUGGUUUUGAAUAUGUUUAAACAGGGGAAGUUGGGCCAAAGUUUUCUGGAUUCAUUUGGCAAAAGCAAAUGGGAUUGA